AUGUUUGAGAAGAAUCACAUCAACCUGUCUAAUAUCACCGAACUGAUUACUCACAACUGCGGGUCCUGCUUGGCUAUACCGGCCGUUUCCUCCGGUCUGCUGCCAUCGGCCCCCAAUGAAGUUAUCUCGAAGAAACGCACGCACCAGAAGAAAAAGAGUUGGGCUGACGAUUGCGGUCCGCCAGACCUGAAAGCAACUCCUAGAUCUGCUCUACCGGCAGCGUCUGCGCCGGCCAUUUUCUCGGAUCUGUUGAUCCCCGCACCUGCCCAAGCAGCAACCAAGAAGAAGCCCUGCCGGAAGAAAAACGGCUUUGUCAGCGCACCUGUCUUGACUGCAACUCCGGCUUAUGCUCAGUCGGCCGCUUCGGUGGCGGUGGCCCCCCCAGCACCGACUCCUGCGACUGGGAACAAGCGCAUCCGGCCAACUAAGAAGGCUAUUGCAAACCCGGGCAACCCGGACCUGGAAACGGAGCAGCCCUCAACAGCUAAUAAGGAACGGCAUUCAACGGCUGCAAGCAAGGUUGUUUCUUUUUGGAAGAACCACCAGGCUGAGGCAGAGGUCCUCAUACCAAAGAAGGCAGGGAGAGGGCGCGGUAAGAAGGCCCGGGGGGCUUGA